AUGGCUGAACAGCUCAAUGAAGCAUCAGAAAACAUUCAUAGAGAGAGACAACUACCCGGUAUCUCCAAAGAUCAAACACUUCGGAACGCUCAGAUAUCGGAAGAUUUGGAAAACGAUUAUCAGUUUUUCCGAAAGUUGGUCAAAAAAAACAUUAUUGAAUUGAAUAACAUUUCGGAUCAACGAGCGAUUUCGACUUGGUUGUGCAAAUGUGACAAGGAACGUGACAAAUCGUUAAAAUGCGGAAUCAUUAAGUUGAUGCUGGUGUCGCUUCAGCACUCUCGCGGUAACAUGAAAUUAUUUAGACACUCGGCCCCAAAAUAUUUGCCGUAUCUAGUCAACACUCCAAAUCAUCUCAGAGAGUUGAUCGACGACAUGCUAGUAAACUUCGACUCGGACUCGGACAGUGACGACGAAACCAACUGUAGAACUUCGCAAGGUCGCCAUUGCGGUCGUCGUCGAACUGUUUGCUCGUCUACUGCUGCCGUGUCAUCAGACAUGACCAGCGUUGCCACAGCGUUUGCCGAUGACCGUUGCGUGCAAGUAUUUUAUGCUAAGUCCGAUUACACAGUGAAUACUUGGCGUUUGCCCGACUUCGUCCGGUUUCCGGUGCACAGUCGUUCGGCUUCCCGGUGGGAGAAGGCGUUGACGACCAACUGUCCGCCUAUUGCUCGGGCGGAUGAUGCCUCUAAAAUUGUGCAAAAAAACCUCAAAAAAGUCUGGGAUUUGCCGGUCUUCUUACCAGACGAAGGUAAACCGUGGAAAAUACCGAAAUGGAAUACUAGUGAAUCCGAUCUAAGUCCUAUGGAACAAAAAUGUCGUGGGUUAAUGUCAGAGCAAAUGUCACGUGCGAUCAACGAAUUUCGUUGGUACGAGCACAGUCGAUUGGACGGAAGUUUGAGACCUAUGGCUAAAUUUUGUAUCGAUAAAGACGUAUGCAGUCAAGUGAAAAACCAGCCGGAAUUGGACAAACAAGCUAUUAACAUAGCCAACAAAAUAUAUCCAGAACGUAUUCGAAUGGUUAUCCAUCCGCGUCUUAUUGCCGAGGUGGUCGGUACAGAUUUACCAGACCGAUGGGAAUAG